AUGGACGAUACAAAUGAUUAUGAUAAAUCAACAUUUGAUACUCCUGAUAAUGCAACAUUAUAUGUUGAAUGUAUUCGAUUAAUUGAAGGUGAUCAUAUUCGACGAUUUGAAAAUUUAGCAAAUAAAUUUGAUCUUGUUCAAUAUGAAUUAAAUGAUGGUGUUAGUAAACCACUUUUAUUUUAUGCUAUUGAACAUAAUAAUGAAACAUUUGUUAAAAUUUUAUUAGACAUGGAAGUACCAUUAGAUAAAAAAUAUUCUAUUAUGGUACCAACAACUGACUCUUCUGAAGGUCAACUUGUUCAAAAAACUUUAAAUGCUUAUGAAUAUGCAUGUGAAUUACAAUACAAUAAUAUUGUUAAUUUGAUUCAAUAUCAGACAAAACUUCCUCCAUAUGAACAACGGUUUUUUCGUAUACUCAAAUAUAAUGAUAUUCGUCGUUGUGAAACAUUUAUUCAUCGUUUACAUAAUGAAAAACGAGAAAAUAUUAUAGCUAAAAAAGGUUUAUUUUAUGCUGCACAAUUUGGUUCAGUACGUUUAUUAGACUAUUUUUUAACACGUUGGAAAAUUGAUAUCAAUACACAACAAAUACAAGAUAAUGGAUAUUCAACAACAGCUUUAUUAACAUCUAUAACAUAUAAUCAAAAUGAGGCAGCAAAAUUUUUAUUAUUUCGUCAUGCUGAUCCAAGUAUAAAAGGUCAAUAUGAUAAUGCAUUAGUUACAGCACUUCAUUAUCAUUCAAAAAAUGAUCUUUUACAUUUAUUACUUGAUAAAAAUGUUGAUUUAACAGCUCGACAUCCUGAUUAUAAAAAAUUAAAUUUAAGAGAAUAUUGUGUAUUAACAAAUCGUGUUAAAGCUAAAUCAGAAAUUGAUGCUUAUAUAAUACGUUUAAUUAGUCAAGGAAAUUAUCAACGAUUAAAAUGGCUUGUUGAUCAUGGUUAUACAUAUAUUAAUGUUAAUAUUACUUCUAAACGUAAUGGAAAACAAUUAGCUAAAGAAAGAUAUUAUGAAAAAAUUGUUAAAUUAAUUGAAGAUGUAGAAAAUAUACAAAUGAAAGCAAAAAUUAAAAUGAAUUAUUAA